AGUGUGAACAAUAGUACGAUAUUUUGAGUGCAGAGCGUUGGAGAAGGAUGCAACGAACGCAAAGUGGUAUUGUGAACAGGAGAAGAGACCAGAAUAAGUUAACCGGGAUGCAUUAUUUUUGAAUGCGCCAAUUUUCACACCGACACUUCGCCUGUCAUUCAAGUUUGCUAGAAGAAGUUUAACCAAUAUUGUGCCAUAAAAGAUAACGGACGGAUGGAAGGGGCUAUUUUUGUCCGCUAAGACUCAAAGGGAUAAAAUAAUGGAGACAACUCUGAAAGCAAUAACGCGUUAAUAAGCAUUCAAGUGAUGCAGUGUUUAUAAGAGCACAGAGGACAGCCCAUUAUCAAUUUGGGUCAGUGAAUGCUCGCUUAUAUACCAUAGUCCAAUGUUGUAUGCGUGCAGAGGGAAAUUGGAGCGAGCAAGCCUGUGCAUCUAGAUGGCAAGGUAGUUUAUGGCACUUUGCAAAAAUAAUAGAUAAACGCCCACUAUCCAAAAUUAUCCUUUCAAGGUAGCCUAUUGGUAGGAAUUUACACUGAUAAUCUGGACAAUCGGUGCAUAUUCAUUUGGAGAGUGGGUGGACAGUGGCCUUAUCAUCAUGCAAUUGCUGGACACGUUUCAAACCAGAAAUCUACAUGUGGCCGCUGAUACACUUUAAACGCAAGACUAGAGAGGCCGACACAUUGUAUCCCCUCACACAUUCCAACUACUGUGAGUGUUUGUCUCUGGUUGAUUGUUUUUGUUGUUGAAGUUUUUCCUUAGGUGUUUGCCCAAGUCACGCUAUAGCUGUGCACUCCGAGGGAUUUAGUGAACUUCGUUCGCACUCUUUGUCUAACUCGAUUCCCCGAGACUUCUUUUUUGGGGGUAAAACGACAGUAGAGAGCCAAGGAGCAGGAAUGGCUUUCGCGUUUUGGGACGGCUGUAAUGGUUUGGGAUUUAUUUUGAUUUUUCUUGUGGAUUUACUGGGAAUAACUGCAAGUAACAUGGAACCUAUUUAUUGGAAUACAUUGAACAAGAGGUUUCAGGAUGACAGGGGGUAUGUGUUGUACCCCCAGAUAGGGGAUCGUCUAGAUCUGAUCUGCCCAGCCUCCAACCCCCAAGGCCCCCGUUCCCCCAGUGAGUAUGAGUACUACAAGCUGUACCUGGUGUCCACACGUGAGCAGGCUGACCGCUGUGAGGUGAUGGGCGCGCCAAACCUGCUGCUCACCUGUGACAAGCCCAACAGUGACAUGCGCUUCACCAUCAAGUUCCAGGAGUUCUCCCCCAACCUGUGGGGACAUGAGUUCAAGACCCUGCAGGACUACUACAUCAUUGCUACCUCAGAUGGGACAAGGCAGGGACUGGACAGCAUGAGAGGAGGAGUGUGUGUGACACGAGGGAUGAAGGUGAUUCUCAAAGUGGGACAGACUGCUUAUGGCCUCCCACCCAAACCCAAACCAGACCCAAACCGCUUCCACCCCAAAGGGAAUGGGACGAUACCCAAGGCAGGUGGCGAGGGCGAGGGGAACAACGGGAACAACCCUCCAACCUCCUCUAGCGUGGCGGUGAUCGCUGGAGCGGUAGGGGGCGGAGCCUUCCUCCUCAUCGUGACCGCAGUCAUCUGUGUGGUGUGUUACCGCUGGCGACAGAACAAGCACUCUGAGACUCACCACCCCACCCUGACCCUGACCACCCUCACCCCCAAGAGGGGCAGCACCAGCGGGGCCGGCUGCUCCACCGGAGGCAACAACGGCUCAGAGCCCAGUGACAUCAUCAUCCCGCUGCGGACUUCAGACUCGGCCUACUGCCCGCACUAUGAGAAGGUGAGCGGGGACUACGGCCACCCCGUCUAUAUCGUCCAGGAGAUGCCCCCCCAGAGCCCGGCCAACAUCUACUACAAAGUAUGAGAGAGGGACAGCCACACAGCCCGGCUGACAUAGACAUACAGGUGUACCAACACAUAGACUGCUGUUUUCAACUUAGAAAUAAAACUGUCCCUCUAGCUCCCUCUACUCCCUCACUCACCCCAACUCCCUCUCUAUGGCUGACUGUUUGGGAUGGCUAUCCUCAACCUCCUGCCCCAUGGACUGUGAUGUACAGUGCUCUGACACUGUGGAUGGAUGGAUGGAUGGAGGGGUGGUUGUGUCUGGGUGGGGGUAUUGAUCUGUUCCCUGCUGUGAACCCAAUGAUGGAGGUUGUGAGUCCUGGACAUGUGGGCCAUUAUGCUGACGGACUGUGGCAGCGACUCAGUCCCCACCUCUCACUCAAAGGGAGGACAGUGGAUAUGAAAUGUCAAACCUUUUCAAAGUGUUAGUGUGUGUGUUCGUGUGUGUGUGUGUGACGGAAUGUGUGUGCGUGCGUGCCUACGCAUAACCUGUAAGUCUGCUUGUGUUUGGUGUGUAAAACCAGUACCACAAGAACAAAUAUCAAAGCAAGAUUCUGAUUUCUACCCACUGUUAUCAUUUACAGAUGAUAUAAAAUCAUUAUUUCAUAACUCAUUUGUAGAUUUUUAUAUUUCCAUUCGGAUUUCUGUUAGACACAGUUUUCCUUGUAUGUAAUUGUACUGUAUGUUCUCUGUUUUAGAGUCUGGAUGAGAUCUAGGUGCUUAUUUAUUUCAGUGUUUGUGUUUGUCUUCUCUUCUGUUAUCCCAUUCUCUCGCUCACUCUACAAUGCCUUAGCAUUGAAAUAGUUCACUUUUCUGUAUGUAAAGUUUCACAGAGGAAGGAGGAUAGUACAACGGUACAAUAAGAGGAAGAAAAUGACAGUAUUGGGAAAGUGUUUGAACAGAUGAAGCCACAAACACUGUGAUUCUCCCAUACUGUGCCUCCAGCUGCACAUCCAUAGCAACAGAACUGAAACCUUAACACACUGCAUUGUUCAUGUUGCUUUGCUGAAAGUGGUUUUUUAGAGGUGAAUUAUCUGUUUGGUUUUGUUUCCCACACUGCACUGGUAACUGAUGACCUGUGGUUGGCCGCAGGAAUUAAUAAAGGUGAAAAGGUCGGAGUUCAUUGUUGAAAUGACACAGGCGAUAGUCAACAUAUACAGUUGAAUUCGGAAGUUUACGUACACUUAGGUUGGAGUCAUUAAAACUCGUUAUUCAACCACUCCACACAUUUCUUGUUAACAAACUAUAGUUUUGACAAGUCGGUUAGGACAUCUACUUUGUGAAUGACACAAGUCAUUUUCCCAACAAUUGUUAACAAAUAGAUGAUUUCACUUAUAAUUCACUGUAUCAUAAUUCCAGUGGGUCAGAAGUUUACAUACACUAAGUUGACUAUGCCUUUAAACAGCUUGGAAAAUUCCAGAAAAUGAGGUCAUGGCUUCAGAAACUUCUGAUAUAAUAAUUUGAGUCAAUUGGAAGUGUACCUGUGGAUGUCUUUCAAGGUCUACCUUCAAACUCAGUGCCUCUUUGCUUGACAUCAUGGGAAAAUCAAAAGAAAUAAGCCAAGACCUCAGAAAAAAAUAUUGUAGACCUCCACAAAUCUGGUUCAUCCUUGGGAGCAAUUUCCAAAUGCCUGACCACGUUUAUCUGUACAAACAAUAGUACGCAAGUAUAAACACCAUGGGACCACGCAGCCGUCAUACCGCUCAGGAAGGAGACGUGUUCUGUCUCCUAGAGAUGAACGUACUUUGGUGCAAAAAGUGCAAAUCGAUCCCAGAACAACAGCAAAGGACCUUGUGAAGACGCUGGAGGAAACAGGUACAAAAGUAUCUAUAUCCACAGUUAAACUUGUUCUAUAUCGACAUAACUUGAAAGGCCGCUCAGCAAGGAAGAAGCCACUGAUCCAAAACCGCCAUAAAAAAAGCCAGACUAUGUUUUGCAACUGCACAUGGGGACAAAGAUCAUACUUUUUGGAGAAAUGGACUCUGGUCUGAUGAAAAAAAUAGAACUGUUUGGCCAUAAUAACCAUUGUUAUGUUUGGAGGAAAAAGGGGGAGGCUUGCAAGCAGAAGAACACCAUCCUAAUCUUGAAGCACGGGGGUGGCAGCAUCAUGUUGUGAGGGUGCUUUGCUGCAGGAGGGACUGGUGCACUUCACAAAAUAGAUGGCAUAAUAAGGAGGGAAAAUUAAGUGGAUCUAUUGAAGCAACAUCUCAAGACAUCUGUCAGGAAGUUAAAGCUUGGUCGCAAAUGGUUCUUCCAAAUGAACAAUGACCCCCAAGCAUACUUCCAAAGUUGUGGCAAAAUGGCUUAAGGACAACAAAGUCAAGGUAUUGGAGUGGCCAUCACAAAGCCCUGACCUCAAUCCUAUAGAAAAUGUGUGGGCAGAACUGAAAAACGUGUGUGAGCAAGGAAGCCUACAAACCUGACUCAGUUACACCAGCUCUGUCAGGAGGAAUGGGCCAAAAUGUACCCAACUUAUUGUGGGAAGCUUGUGGAACGCUACCCGAAACGUUUGACCGAAGUUAAACAAUUUAAAGGCAAUGCUACCAAAUACUAAUUGAGUGUUUUUACCUUUUGACCCACUGGGAAUGUGAUGAAAGAAAUAAAAGCUGAAAUAAAUCAUUAUCUCUACUAUUAUUCUGACAUUUCACAUUCUUAAAAUAAAGUGUUGAUCCUAACUGACCUAAGACAGGGAAUUUUUACUAGGAUUGAAUGUCAGGAAUUGUGAAAAACUGAGUUUAAAUGUAUUUGGCAAAGGCGUAUGUAAUCUUCCGACUUCAACUGUAUAGUACCAUGUUGAAGUCCACCUGUCAAUGUGAUUUAGAGCUUCCUUUUUCUGCUGGACCCUUUCAACACUUAUGUGCACAUACUGACUGCUAUUGGUGAAACAUCUCUUUCAUUCUCUUGAAACAUCUCUGUGGCUUUUAAACUCAGUCCUCAGGUCCCAGGACCACACCUCAUACACAGACAUAGACGUAUUGUUUCAUAAAUGUUUUCAUACAAAGUAACUGAUUUCCACUGGAGUUGUUUUUAUGUUGUAUGAUGGUUUCUAUGAUGUUGAGGUUCAUAGUCAGAGCGUUGAAGGUAGUGACAGAGUGAUGGGAAACAUCCCUGAUGUCAUCUCUCUGUGACAUUUCAUCAUCACUCUGGGACAUUCUGGACCUCAUAUUGACAUCACAACCCUUCAAUAAUAUUGGACUCUGAUUGGACUACAAGCAACAGCACACUACCUGAGAUUUGGCGGACAGACGCCUCUCACAAGAGAGGAAAAUAUAGAUUUCUUUGAUUGCUUGAAUACUCACGUCAUGUCCUUGUGUUCCUUCCAAGACAUUCAGCGUUCACAGGGACCAGCUGGACUCAGUAAGGCUAGUGUAAUUCUGCCGUCCAUUCUACCAUACCCUGUGUACCAUUUUCCAUAUACUGUAGUGGUUCAUUUGGUUUCACCAUCUUUCUCGCCUGCUGUUUUCCACUCAGUUAUUUUGUGGCAAUAACCUAAUCCAGAGAAGGAGGCGCUCUGGUUUUCACUUCAGAACUGAGGACAGACAGAUCAGACGUUGGUGAGACGAGGGAUACUGACAUGAGACAUUUGUGAGACGAGGGAUAAUGUUAUGACACAAGGGAUACUGUCAUGAGACGAGGGAUACUGUCAUGAGACGUUGGUGAGAAGAGGGAUACUGUCAUGAGACGAGGGAUACUGUCAUGAGACAAUGGUGAGACGAGGGAUACUGUCAUGAGACGUUGAUGAGAAGAGGGAUACUGUCAUGAGACGUGGGAUACUGUCAUGAGACGUUGGUGAGAAGAGGGAUACUGUCAUGAGACGUGGGAUACUGUCAUGAGAAGAGGGAUACUGUCAUGAGACGAGGGAUACUGUCAUGAGACUAGAUGUGCUAGGUAGAUUGUAAAGACCUUUUUGAGAUUGAUAAAGCUGACUGUUGAGAGAUUGCCAGGAGUGUUGUGAGAUGAUUAAGUGCAGACUUUGUAGGACACUAUAAGAUGGUUUAUGUUACCUCCCUGGCCUCCUCUCUCCUGUACAUUCCAGUUUUUUUGGGGGGGGGGAUACAUAAAAACCUAAGU